UUUCGUAGAGGGGACAGAUGCUCUUGGCAGCUGCUACCUGGACCAUGUGGGGACUGAAGAAGACGCGGUUCUUUCUUGGGUCCCUGUGGCUGGCUGCAGGGUGGGGCCAGGUGGCAGGGCUCGGAGAAUGUCCCCUCUAUAACCUGUCCGUGCCCGAAGCCUCCUCUGGGCACGUUGAAAUAAACCUGCCCAAGAGUGCAUCUUUUUUGUGUAAGAUGCAAACCACUCUUGCGGCUGCCGCCUCCGACUCGGCUUGUCACCCCAUCCUGGUGUUAACUAAUAAAGGAAAGCGGAACUACUACAACAGCACGUACCGGAGACGGAUCUCUCUGUCAGACCGGCUCCUCUUUACUGUGACGAAUGGAAGUGAAUGGCUGGCGGGAGAAUACCAAAUCAUUGGGGAUCUUCAUGGAACCUGCAUGGCUCGUAUCAAUCUGACGGUGCCUGGUUCUGUCUCAUUCCCACCGCCUCUAUCGGAGACUCCCACUGCUAGUCCGACUGGAGAGGGAAGUAGCCGAGGGAUGCUUUCCAACGGCUCUCCCGAGGGGGGGCUCUUCAGAUAAUAAUUUAUCCCCAGUGGAACAGCUUCUCCGGGAGGGACUGAGGGACCCUGCUCAGUGGUUACAGCAUGUUCCUGAGAGGUGGGGGAAUGUAGGUUCAAGUCUUUGCUUCUCUCCAUGGGUUUGAGCCUUGAUCUCCCAUGUCCUGGGUGGAUGCUUUAACCACUAGACACCGCCAUCUUGUUCUCCAAAAAUAAGGACUGACCCGGCCUAGGUGCCUAACUCCAGGAGAAGAUGCAUGGCUGUGAAUUGCAAGUGGAGGGAGGCACCUAGUCACAGCCUUCUCAGCAUUUCCAACUCGCUACCUUAGGCAGCCCCCUGCCUCACAUGCUGGCUUGUGGGAAUCCCUUUCUUAGGGGCCUCGUGAAUUGUUUAGGGAGCCAGGGUGCCACGCACUGGGGUGGCAGGGCACUGCAAUGUUCAGCCUCUGUUCUCCUUUUGCACCUACCUCUAGGGACUGUGUUUUCAAACUCUCCCCACAGCCACAAGGGCUAGAAACCUUCACUGAGAAACCCAAAUGAAAGCAGUGAGUCUUCUCUAAUCAUGGGACUCCAGGAGCUGGGGAUUUAAAGAAAGCACCAAAUAUCAUGAGAGGCAGCAACACAGGCUUACCCUUGCUGUAGUCAGAGUGACUCUAAUUACCAUGUGGUGUUUACCUUGUAUGAAUGGCCAGGAACCCAUGGUGUCAGGUGCUGUACAAACACAGAUCUUUAUGGCAGAGACCAGCUUGUUGU